CCGUUUGCGAUUUCAUUAAUCAUGUCAGCAAGUAUGCACUACGUUAUUAUUGAAAUUACGUGAUAACAAUAUCUAAAAGUGAGUGAUUUAGUGAUAACGUAUUGUGGAACUGACUCUUAAGUCUCGGCUUUUUUGAAAUUGUAUGUACAUUUGUCAUAAUAAUGACUUUUCUGGUAUUUGUUUUGGUAAUUAAAUGAUAGCUGAGGACAUGACACUGUGGCAGCAAGGAUGAUCCGAAGAAAAAUACGAACGUUUUUUGUUUUGAUGUUAAGUUUAACACUUUCUUCAUCGAAAGGGUUACAACACAAAGUAAUGGUUUCGGAACGUUUGGAUAAUGUCACCCAAACCAUUUCUAAAUUACUGGAUGGUUAUGACAUAAGACUUCGCCCAAAUUUCGGAGGUGAACCUCUGUUUGUGGGGAUGGAUCUGACAAUAGCAAGUUUUGAUGCAAUUUCAGAAGUUAACAUGAUUUUAACACUAAAUAUAAAAAAAGGAACUUUAGCACUGUUUGAAAGAAAAGGAACUAUACGGAUGACUUCGGAUUUCUUGCAUGAUGUGACAGAACGAAAUAAAUUGGUGCGAUUAAAUGGUGCUGGUGGUAUUACUUAUGGAAUGAGGUUUACCACAACCUUGGCCUGCAUGAUGGAUUUGCAUUAUUAUCCUUUGGACUCGCAGAAUUGUACUGUGGAAAUUGAAAGCUAUGGUUAUACUGUAACCGAUGUGGUAAUGUACUGGAAAGAAACUCCCGUAAGAGGUGUCGAGGAAACGGAGUUGCCGCAAUUCACAAUAAUUGGUUAUGAAACCAACGAUAGGAAAGAAAGUUUGGCGACAGGAAUAUAUCAGCGUCUGUCGUUAUCAUUUAAACUUCAAAGGAAUAUAGGCUAUUUUGUAUUUCAAACAUACCUACCUAGUAUAUUAAUAGUGAUGUUAUCAUGGGUAUCGUUUUGGAUCAAUCACGAAGCGACCAGUGCAAGAGUUGCAUUAGGUAUCACCACGGUCUUAACGAUGACAACUAUAAGUACAGGAGUGCGAAGUUCACUCCCAAGGAUAAGUUAUGUAAAAGCAAUCGACAUUUAUCUGGUGAUGUGUUUCGUUUUCGUAUUUGCUGCCCUCUUGGAAUAUGCCGCCGUAAAUUACACGUAUUGGGGGGCACGUGCGAAAAAGAAGAGCAAAAAGAAUAAAGAUGACGAGAAAAAAAUGAGUCACUCCAAAAUUCCCAAGUCUAGCGAUCAACCCUAUAUAUCCCAAUCGGAAGACAUAAUAGAACUUGAAGACAUUAGAAUGAGUCCGAUUGCUUCAAUACGAAGCAGGUAUAAUACCCAAGCCAGUUCCCCUACAAGUGGAGGAGGCACUUUGGACUCAUCGAAAUUUCCUCCAAGUUUUCGCAUAUCUAGAGGUCCAGGAUAUCUGAACUACAGGACCACUCCUGGUCUACGAUACAGGGGCAACAGAGGAAAUGCAGUCCAAAAACCAAAAGUUUUACGAGCAAUAAGAAAAGGGGCAUCAGCUAUCAAAGCAUCAAUGCCUAAAAUAAAAGAUGUUAACGUAAUCGACAAAUAUUCUAGGGUGGUAUUUCCUGUGGCAUUUCUACUGUUUAACGUUGGAUACUGGGUAUUCUAUUUUUUCGAAUAGAAACAACAGCUUUAGGUUAUAAAUUGAAAAUAUUUGAUCUCAACGAAUUUUACGAAGUGACGAUAAAGAAUUGUUCUGUUUGUUGGAUAAGUGAAAGAUGAUGGCAGAUUUAGUGGUGCAUACCUAAUAUACACACAUAGAUAUCUUUAUGUCCAUGAACCUGGC